AUGCCUGCAGGGUUGUCCCGCUUCGUUCCAGCAUUUCAGCCACCAAGUCCGGAUCUUAUUAAGAAAUUUAUUGAUCAAGUAGCAGCUAUAGAUAAACUGCUUGUACUUACCGGUGCUGGAGUAUCGACCGAAUCAGGCAUCCCGGACUACCGAUCAGAAAAGAUCGGUCUCUUCGAACGUACCAACUAUCGUCCCGUCACCAUUCAAGAAUUCCUUGCCUCGGAAUCUGCCAGAAAACGAUAUUGGUCUCGUAACUUCUUGGCAUGGCCAAAGUUCUCAAGUGCACAGUGUAAUGAAGCCCAUCGAGCGAUUGCAUCAUGGGAACGAUCGAAGAAGUUUGUUUGGUUGAUCACACAGAAUGUCGAUGGUCUUCAUGCCAAGGCUGGAUCACAUAUGCUCACAGAGCUGCAUGGCUGUAGUCUUCGAGUGAAGUGUUUGGGAUGUGGCGAAAUAACGAACAGAGCUGAUCAUCAGCCUCGAAUGGAAGAGCUUAAUGCUGAGUGGAUGAAGGUGAACUUUGCUGGAGAAAUGGCUCCUGAUGGUGAUACGAUACUAACUCCAGGUGCCGAACAGUCAUUCGUUUUGCCGGAGUGUCAGAAAUGUGGUGGAAUGCUGAAAACGGACGUUGUCUUUUUUGGAGAUAAUGUUAGUCGAGAAGAUGUGGACACCUGCUAUGAGAAGGUCGAAGAAUGUACAGGCGUAUUGGUGCUGGGCUCAUCACUCUACGUUAUGUCUGGAUUCCGGUUUCCCUAUCAUGCAAGUCUCAUGGGGAAACCGGUGCUUAUCGUGAACAUAGGUCCUACCCGAGCUGACGAAUUCGCUGAAAUGCGAAUUAGCGCUCCUGUAUCAGAACUCGAGCAAUGUACAGGCGUAUUGGUGCUGGGCUCAUCUCUUACAGUAAAUACAGGAAGCAAUUAUGUUUAUGAGGCAGGACUCAUGGGUAAACCGGUGCUUAUCGUCAACAUUGGUCCUACCGCAGCUGAUCAUAUCGCUGAUAUGCGACUGAGCGCUCCCGUAACAGCGAUAAUAAAAGAUUUGGAUAAGGCUAUGGUAUAA